UUGAGAAUGAAUUUCAUGAACUUGAAGAUAACUUAGAAAUUAUAGACAAUAAAGAAAGAGAUGGGAUCAAAACUUUUCCUACUGGAUCUAUUUUUAGGUCAGAUUUGAAAGAGUUAGAUUAUACUCAAUAUCCUUUGCUAAUCUCACCUAUAGAACUAUAUGACAUUGCUGAGUAUUAUUUGAAAGAAUAUGAAAGGCAGAAGGGUUUUGUGGUUAACUGUUAUAAAGUUAAAUAUCAUAAGAAUCUGUUAUUAGAUUCUAUUGAGCGGGUUAAAAAAAGAAUAUUAACUUGUGAAAAGGCUGAAAAGUCUAAGCCUAACAAGGCGAAACCCAUUAGUCAACAACAUAAUAAAGGUUCUAAAAAAACAGAUUGUAAAUAG